AUGUCAAAUGGAGUAAAAGGUCCAUUUGAGAGCUAUCUUCGUCAUUCAAGUCCCCUCUGGAAAAAGACUUCCAUUCCCGCAGUUUCUGCAUCAAACGAAUCACCAUCCUGCGGCACCAACAUCACCGACACCCCAACACGCGUCAAUAAUCCCUUCACUAUAAGCAAACCAACAAUCGGUGUCAAACCGGAGUUCAAGAGCUCGAAGCCAAAGCUGAGCCCCCAUGACAAGCUAAAUGGAAUUCGGUUUGAAACACCGCAAUUGAUUGCAAGCUCGCCGCUUGCAACCGAGAUCCAGCCACGACACUACAUAUUUGCCGGCUGUCGCACUCAAGAUGAGCUAAUUGAAGCAAGGCAAGUCUAUAAGAACUUGUUUGAGGUGAGUCCCAGCACCAAUACGUUGACGUCCAAAUCCAUUAGUCAACCGCUCAGCGCCAGGUCCCACUGGAGCAAUGCGACGAGAGACGAACCAAUCACCAAGACUCAAGAUGCUGAUUUGCGCCGCUUAGUCGGCUCUAGACGGGCUAAUGUUUCCAUGUCUCAAUCUUCAACUGACAUCCACACCGUUAGUGGAGAAAUUGGCGAUCUAGCCGCAAAAUCGGAUUUAGACGCAGGUGACAUUCCACCGAGAAGGGCUCCUGCAAAAACCACUAAAGAUUGCGAGCCACCACCCCCUCUACAAAAAUACUUUGCGAGCGAUGUGCAAAGUUCAAGUAAAGGCAAGGAUAUUUCCUGGAGAACUCAAGUAGUUCUACCGCACCUGCUGCCCCUGCUGCCCCUGUUUUCCCUGCUGCUGUUGCUACUGUUGCCGCCGCGGCUGCUAAAGUUCCCAGUAACGAUUCGCGUCUCGCCGUUUUUCUUGAGAGGCUUGCGAAAUGGCUGCGAAACGGGCCCGGGAAACACAUUUGCUGCAUCCUUGCACGAUCUGGACUGGAUCGAAAGUCCCGAGCCCACAAGUCUCCGCUUACGGAAAAAUAGACAACACAACGCAAAGAAAGACAAACCAUGGUCAUCAAACAAGACAACCACAAACUCCACCAGUCGGGAGAAAUCAGAGCCUUUGAAAAAAAGGUCGAAAACAGGUUGUUGGACUUGCAGAAUUCGCCAUAAGAGGUGCACAGAGGAAAAACCCGUCUGCAGCCAUUGCAUUCGGUUGAAUCUAAAAUGUGACUUUUCAGAGGAUAGACCUCCAUACAUGACCAGCAGCAAGUUGCAAAUGGCAAAACUCCACGAGAUCAAGAUGCAAACAACCGAAAUUAAAAAGUGCAAUCUUCGCCAGUUAUGCACAUCGCGCCAACGAAAAAAGUCGAUGAAAGCAAAGCGGGAAUGAACCAAUAAAGAGAGAGAGAGAGAGAGAAGAGAGAUCAUAACUGUAAAAGAUACGCUGGUCCAACUACUAUCCAUCUGCAAGGGGUACAAAUAGUAUGGUCUUGAGAUGCAAAUGGCAGGAGAAUCGUUGAAGAGAAAACCAACAGCAGCAGGGGGAAAAGCCAAAACAAAACAAAAAAACUAGCAGAAAGACAAAAUAAAAGUAAAAAAAGAAAAAUAAAAAAAUCUUGACGAAAUUUGAAGAUUUUUGAAAAACAAAAAAAAAAAAAAAUGCGUGUCAAGUUAUCAUCAACUCCCAAGCCCUGUGGCCUUCUUGUCAAAAAACUAAAAAAAACCUAUUCAAACAAAAGAGCAAUUUACCUUUUUUUUUUUGUUUUUUUUUGUUUUCCAACCCCCAAGAGAGUUAUGCUCCAUUUGCUUAUUGUUGCGCUAGGGCUAUUGAGCGGCCUAGCUAACGCUUUCUAUCUACCAGGAGUGGCACCCACAGACUACAAAAGCGGUGACCGGAUUCCCUUGCUCGUUAAUCACUUGACUCCCUCCUUGCACCAUGCAUCCAACCAGCACAAGAUAAACUCCGCCACGUAUGUCUACUCUUACGACUACUACUAUCCCAAGUUUCAUUUUUGCAAGCCAGAGGGCGGUCCGCAGAAACAGCUGGAAUCGUUGGGCUCCAUCAUUUUUGGCGAUCGUAUCUUCAACUCGCCAUUUGAAUUGAACAUGUUGGAAAAAGUGCAGUGCAGGAAAUUGUGCACUUCGAAAUACCCGAAAGCGGACUCGGUGUUUGUUAAUAGGAACAUCAGGGCCGGGUACAACCACAAUUGGCUUGUUGACGGUCUUCCCGUGGCCAGCAUAGUGCAGGAUGCUCGAACUAAUACCAUGUUCUACGGCACCGGGUUCCACAUUGGAGAAGUGGACGCCGACCAGCGCGCGGUGUUGUACAACCACUUUGACAUUGUUGUGGAUUACCACCAGAGAUCCGAGGAUAUUUUCAGAGUCGUUGGUGUCACGGCCGCGGCAAUGUCAUUGGACAGAUCGGAAUUGCCUCCUGACACUCCCGAGGAGAACUUUUGCGACUUUACCGAGUUGAAAGCAGUCCACUUGGACAAGGAGAAAGACACCGACGUGGUGUUCACCUACUCGGUGAGAUUUGAAAAGAGCGACGUUGCAUGGGCCACCAGGUGGGACAAGUACCUCCACGUUUACGACCCCAAGAUCCAGUGGUUUUCCUUGAUCAAUUUCUCCCUCAUUGUGUUGAUCUUGGGUAUCGUUAUUGCCCACAUUUUGAUUAGAACCUUGAAGAAUGACAUUGUCAAAUACAACGAAGUCAACUUGGACGACGACAUCUCCGAUGAGAGCGGGUGGAAGUUGGUCCACGGCGACGUGUUUAGGCCGCCAGUGCAGAGGUUGCUCUUGUCGGUCUUGGUCGGUAGUGGGGCCCAAAUCUUCCUCAUGGCAUUUGUAACCAUCAUCUUUGCAUUGUUUGGGUUAUUGUCACCAUCGAACAGAGGAGCCCUUUCGACUUUUAUGUUGAUUGUUUACAUCGGAAGCAGCGUGAUAUCCUCCUUCAUAUCGGGAUACUUGUACCGCUUCCUCGGUGGCGAUAACUGGAAGUUGAACAUGAUACUCACUCCUUUGCUCGUGCCAGGCUCCCUUUUUGGAGUGUUUGUGUUUUUAAACUUUUUCUUGAUUUCUGUUGACUCGUCAGGAGCUGUGCCCAUGGGCACCAUGGUGGCCAUCAUUGUGAUCUGGUUUGCCAUUUCCAUCCCCUUGUCGAUUGCCGGUUCAAUCUUGGCUUCCAAGAGGCCCUUGCUCGAUGUGCCAGUGAGAACAAACCAGAUCCCCAGGCAGAUUCCCCAGCAGCCAUGGUACUUGAAGCUGAUUCCCGUGAUGCUCAUUAGUGGAAUCUUCCCCUUUGGAUCCAUUGCGGUGGAAAUGUACUUUAUCUACUCGUCGUUGUGGUUCAACAAGAUCUUUUACAUGUUUGGCUUUUUGUUCUUUUGUUUCUUGUUGAUGAUCUUGACGACAAGUUUGAUAACGGUGCUUAUGGUCUACUACACGUUGUGUUCGGAAAACUACAAGUGGCAAUGGAAGUCGAUUUUGAUUGGCGGAGGCUGUGCAGUUUACGUUUUCAUCCAUUCGUUGUUUUUGACCGGUGGUGAGAAAUUGGGAGGGUUGACGUCAAUGGUGUUGUACACUGGCUACUCGAUUGUCAUUUCUCUUCUUGUCUUUCUCUGCUGCGCCAGUGUUGGAUUUAUCAGCAGCUUGUUUUUUGUGAGAACGAUAUACGGCCAGAUCAAGAUUGAUUAG